AUGCCGGACCCUACUAAUUUUACUAGCAUUACUAAUGCUACCCCGGAUGAUAUUACUAACACUAAUGCCACCGUGGAUUACCUUCCUAAGUCAGAAGGUACUAUACUACAGUCCCCGGCUACUGCAAAAGACGACCUUACCGGCCUUACUGGCCCUGUUGGCCCUAUUGGCCCUGCUGGCCCUGUUGGCCCUAUUGGCCCUGCUGGUCCUGUUGGCUCUGCUGGCCCUACUGGCCCUACCAACCUUACUGGCUCUACCGACUUAUUCCCUAAUUAUGAUUUACACCACCUAAUAUGGGAUUUCUGCUAUAAAGCGAAGCCUGGAAGGAUAUGCUACAAAGCCCUGAAAAAGACCCCUGGAUAA